AUGGACUCGUCCAGAGGCCCAGCAGAGCCUGUCGCAAUUAUCGGGUUAAGUUGCAAAUUCUCUGGUGAGGCAACAACACCAGAAAAGCUUUGGCAGCUUGUCGUCAACGGAAGGGACGGUUGGAAACCUGUACCAAAGUCAAGGUUCAACGUAGAUGCAUUUUAUGACAAAAACCAUGCAAAAACUGGGAUGUCCAAUGUUGUCGGCGGUCAUUUCCUUGAGGAAGAUGUCGCCAGGUUUGAUGCAUCUUUUUUCAACUUCACCGCCGAGAUUGCGAAUGCGAUGGACCCACAGAUUCGAUUGCUUCUCGAGUCUGUGUUUGAAACUUCAGAAAACGCUGGCGUGCCGCUGCAGAAGCUGGCUGGCAGCGACACAUCCGUCUUCGUAGGGUCUUUUUCCAGGGAUUACCAUGACAGCCUGUUGCGUGAUCCGGACACGCUCCCAAGGACAACCCUUACCGGCAACGGGGUCGCGAUGAUGUCCAACCGAAUUUCGCACUUCUUCGAUCUCCGUGGCCCUAGUUUGACGACAGACACGGGGUGUUCCUCAAGUUUGGUGGCCCUUCAUUUGGCUGUGAAUAGCAUUCGAAAUGGAGAGUCGCGCAUGGCCAUUGUUGGCGCCUCAAACCUCCUUCUGAACCCCGAUCCAUUCAUUAUUAUGUCAAGCCUAGGAGUCCUCGGCCCGGAUGGCCGAUGUUUUGCGUGGGACAAUCGAGCGAACGGGUACGGUCGUGGCGAA